AUGAGUACAAAACCGAAAACAGCAGAGAGAAAUGGAGCUGCAAAAUCUAAUUUGCCGUCAGUGUGGACUAGAGCUUUUACAUCAAAUUCAGAAUGGCCAGAUAAGGAAGAAUUUUUGGAUGUCAUAUACUGGUAUAGACAAAUAUUAGGCAUAAUACUAGGAAUAAUUUGGGGACUAAUACCUUUAAAGGGCUUCCUAGGACUUAUGCUAUUUGCACUCAUAAAUGCAGGUAUAAUGUAUUUCUACUUUAAUAGUUUCCAAAAUAUUGAUGAAGAUGAGUAUGGAGGAGCUUGGGAAUUAACAAAAGAAGGAUUUAUGACUUCUUUUGCAGGGUUUCUGGUUACAUGGAUAAUCAUCUAUUCUGGACUAUAUUAUGAAGUAGACAAAUUUUCAUAA